UUUCAAGGGAAAGGACAGAUGGGAUGGUUAGAUGAGAUUAAAUGUCACAGAAGCAAGCGCUUGUGUUUCUGAGGUUCUGGAGUAUCUAGCCUCUUCUCGCCGGAAUGCCUUCAUGCUGUAGAUGUGAAGAUGAACGAGGCCGAGCGGGCAAGAAAGACGGCCGAGCGAUUCCCCUGUUAGCAGACUGAUCAGUGUAUGUAGCUUCAAGGAAGUUCUGACAGCAUAUCAGCAAAGGGGCUGACUUUGGAGCUGCACCACCUCCUGCUUGUACUUUCCACCACCAUCGCUGAUGGCCACACCGGUCGCUUCUGCCCCCUGGGCCGCCACCUGGCAGCUGAAUGCAGGAGCAUCGCCUCACCCCGGAGACACCAACCUUCAUACCACCGGGCCAUCAGCAGAGAAUGGAACCGGCCUCUAUCCGCAGAUGAAUGCUGAUAGUGCCUUGGGAAACAGGGGCCUCGGCGCAAUUGAGGGGGAAGAGCUCAGGACGAUUGUUGAGACAGUGGAAAAGAUGCAGGCAAAAGAUCCGGAGAAAGCACAGGAGGCGGUCUCCUACUGCAGAAAGGGCUUGGAGGGGGAUGAAAAGGGCGAACGCCUUCGAAUGCUGGCAAACAUGUCUGCGGAGUGGACGGAGGUCUUUCAUGCCUGGGAGGUGCAUCAUGGGGCUGGCAACCACAAGGUGUGUCAACAGCUGCUGCUCUUUGUGGCGGACCUGCUGCGGCACCCGCUAGGAACAUCAGCGCACCUGAAGCAGUCGCCGCUCAAGGACCCCUCUCGAGAAGAGGCGGCCGUCGUACACUUGCGCUUGGACGGACUGGCACGCAAUAUUGUGAGGAAGCGCAUGAAGCAGGUGUACGGCCACCUUACCUCCGGCCAGCGCGGCCGCGCCAACGCGUGCCUCAUGCUGCUGACCGCAAUCAACGGGCGCGGCAAGUCGCUCUCGGGGGAGCUCGUCGGAACCUUUGAUUUUACUCUGGCGAGCCUGGCGAAGCUGGCGGCGCCUCCGAAGCAGACAGGGAAGGGCGAACGAGAGGGGGGAAACAAUCCGGAGAAGCGGAGCACCAGGGCGGUGUUUACGGAGUUUGCGCUGUCGUUCAUACUGGUGGGGGACCCCCUGACCACGCGCUCUGCCCUCCAGAAGCGGAGCCUUUUCACACCGGUCCUCCACAACCUGUACGGCGACUCUGCGGAGCAGAUCGCCCGGGUGCUCUCCGCCAUUCAGGCGCACGUCCUGCCAGAGACUGCCGGGGUCCCGGCCAGACUCCAGGGCGUCUUCUUUGGCGACAUCGCCCUCGAGCAGCUCAUCAACAUCGCGGCCUUCGACGACAGCCCCGACACGGGUGACGUCAGCCUAGCCCGCCCCGCCUCGCUAGCGCACGACGUGCUGCUGUGGGUUUUCUCCGACCCCGCGCAUGGCGUCUGCCCCGCAGCACAGGUUGCAGGGAAGAAGAGCAAAGACGCGGCCUCACAGGGGCGGCUGCUGCGCGCGCUGUUGAAGCUCAAGGCCACCGAAGUGCAGCGGCACUCGGACCUUCUCAUCGGUGCGACCAAGGAGCAGCCCGCCGUCGCGGCAGCGUACCUGGCCGCGUUCCCGUACUCACUGGAGCCGCGGACGUCCGAUCGCUGGUUUGCAGCCAUGACCCUCCUUCGCAAACUCGUUGCAUUCGCCUCCCGGGAGGGACUCUCGGCCGACCAUAGCGCUCUAACAGUGAAGGCGCUCCUGACCCGGAUCGUUACUCCCGCUUUGCCCCGGGCUGUUCUAAGCCGAGCGCUCCAGCAUCGCAGCACUUCGAUCAAGUUCGUCUUGCUGGCCGUUCUCUCCUCCGUCCUGGCGUCCCUCCACUCCGCGCAGUCGCAGCUCAAAGCGACCGGUUCACCGAUUCUCAACGAACUCGCCGACGGGGCCCGGCUGCUCCUGCCAGACCCGCAGAUACUUUUGGCGCUCAACACCACAAUCGAGAAAGGGGACGCCGGUCGCACGGGCGGCAAACCGGAGGGUUUAGAAGAGGGUUUGGAGGAGGACGAGACCGAAGAAAGCGUGUCUACGGAAGAAUUGCACCUGAAGCUGUUGGAGGUUCUGGCGGGCUAUCAGCGGUCUCUCCCGGACGCCCUCGCCGCCUGCCGCUUCAACCCGUACAAACUUCUCCCGGACAACCCGGCCCAGCUGCCACGUGGCAAGCAGGCAGCGCUCCUGGAGCUCCUCGCGGCCGCCUCCGAAGCUGCGGGAGCGGAUUCCGCCGCCGUUCCGUCCGGCGCGAGCCCGCAGCUGCUUCCGCUGCUGAGAGAGAUGCUGGGGGGCACUACUGAGGAGUUGCGCGAGAAGGCCGAAGCCUUGGCGCAUCAAAGCCUGAUGGCCUCCGGCGUCUUCUCCCACCAACUGGAGGUCGCCACGUGGCUCGAACUCCUUCCACGCUGGGACGCAAGCUCCGAGGGGCGCCCCUCCUUCAGCCUCUCCGACUCCGUCGCCGGUUUCUUCGCUGAUGCAUUCUUCGCCGUCAGCAAGAACCCUUAUAGAUUCUUGGAACGCAUUCAAUCGGCGCUUUCUGCGCAUACCCUUCUAGAGGUUCCGGAGGAGAAGAACGGUCCGAACCAGCGAAUUAAAGCUCCAGUUGGGUGGGAAACGAUGCCGCCUCAAGCUGGCUCGUCCGGUCGGGGGGAACGAGAAGUUCUUGCGAGGGGGUGCAGUUCUGGCCCUGAGUUUGGCCCCCUGGUCGUGUGCGCGAUCGAAAAGUGCCUCAAGGUCUUGGCAGCCGGUCAGUCGGAGGGGGACAGAAAGGGGUCAGCGGGGAAACCCGGCGGUUUGGGGCUGCUUAGGAAGACGGGCAUCGCUGCUUACGUGGCGGGGUCGCUGAGGCGGCUGCUAGAAGUGCAGCGCAAUCCGAGGACGCUUGCAGUUGUGGUAGUGGAUCUGUUGGCGGAAAUCAGUGAGGAAGAGGCCUCCGCCUGCGAGUGGGCGCCUCUGUUCUCGCUUCGGACAGCUGCUCAAACCAUCCUCACCGGACCGUCCGAAACCCUAACUUCCUUUGCAAACCCUUUGCAAACCCCUUCUACCGCCCUCGACGAGGCGAUCGAAGACUACGCUUCGGGGGAUCCCUCGGACCGUCCAGCCCUGGCACGUGCCCUGGGGUACGCCCUGCUGACGUCACCCCCGGGCGAGGUGGCCCGCACACUCCCCGAGCUGACGUCAGCUUUUUGCGGGGCCGGGAUGGAAACGACGGAAGCGGCGAGGGCGAUCGGGGGGGGCGUUUUGCAGGAUCUCGUCAAGACCGAUCCCGGGCUGCUUUCGUCGGCGGCGCGGUGCAGUCCUGAGGCGUUUCGAAAGGCACUGAAAAUACUAGAGGAGGCUAGUGAGAUUGCGGAGGUGAAGGGAGCGGACAGACGAACGGAGGCGCAACAUAAUUCCCUAGCGAGCUUCCUGUCGACCGUUCCGUUUUCCGCUCUUCUCUCUCCAGUGUGCGGAGUUCCCCCCCAUCCUGAAAGCCCGUCAGCCGCUUCCGUUCUUUCCCUCGAAACCCCCGGUGUGAAGACGCUCCUCGGGAAUCUCCUCAAGCCCCUCACAGCCAUCCAGCGCGCGACAGCUGUCCGCGUGCUCCUGCACCACUUGCAUUCAUCAUUAGUAAAUGAGGAUAAUCUCCAAACCCUUACUUCUGGUGUGGACACUCUCUUUGGCCUUCUUAGACAAGCCGUAUUCACACCCCCCGUCAACCGGGAUCUCUCCUUAGCCCAGCCUGAGACGGUGGUUCAAGCUUUCACCGAUCCAGCCCUCGCCGUAGAUGCGCUCCAGCACCCCGCGCUCUCCACGCGCUUUCUACGCCAGCAUGACGUCACGGGAGCCGCGGAAGUAAACUGCAGGAUUGCGGACCUCGUACGUGAUCUGCUCUUGGCGGCGCAUCCUGACAGCGUGGCAUUUGGCGCGGCGGGGAGCUUUGCAGAAUCCGAACCGACUGUUCAUAAGGAAUCGGGAGCGGGGCUCAGUGACGUCAGCAGGGAAUCGCUCGAGCGAGCGUGUUCACCGUACGUGGAAAGGGCAGUGGUGCAAGUGGAGAAGCGGCUGAGGAAAGACGCAAGUGACGAGGGCUUGGAGGCCGCCAUCAAGCUUGUCCCCUUCGGCGAAACCACCUCCCUGCUCCGCCUGCUAGACCUUCUUUUGCCGCCACUCGCACAAACACCCCAAAUCCUCCAAAAUCCCGAGCUGCGACUGCCCCUAGUCCCGCACAGAAGCCGCGCAUCGGACGCGCUCAAAACCCCCGCUCUCCGGCGGCUAACUCUCCAGCUCGCAAGCAAAGUCUUGUCGGAGCCGCCAAGGGCCCUGACGUUAGACGUUUCGGUGACGUCAGCAAAGGGCGCCAUUGGCGCGGAGACUGGCGUCGGGGUGGCGAAGUUCCGGGAAGUGUACCGGAGGGUCGCUGACCCUGCAGUCGCGGACGGGAGACCGGACGGAAUGGACGGAACGAGCGGAACGGACGGAAUGGACGAGUGCCUCCUCGCGGCUCUGCGUAGCACUGAGCGGGCGUUGUUGGAAACGGCUUAUAGAACCGUUGGCGUUCCUCUGUCCGGUACGGUCCCGUCAUCGUCCGGAGACCGUCCAAAUGGACCGCUUUCCAUUGGCCGUCCGAUGGGCUCCGCAUCUCAACACCGUCCGAUCGAUUCGGACGCCCACUCGCAAACCGGGGGCCUUCUUCUUCUCAACGACUUGGCGAAGGCGACCCCGACGGCCCUGGUUCGGACGUACGUGGAGCAGCCCUCGGAAACUAGAGCGGAGAUUCUGCGCGUUCUUGUGCGGCACAGUACAGAGCACCGGGCGGAGUUUGGAGCGCAGCUGAGCAGGCUGUUAGGCGACACUUCGGCUGAGAACAAGCUGCUUCUGGUCGCCCCUGUCGAGGAGUAUCUGCGCGAGGCGACGAGCAAAGAUUCUGCGGAAUCCGGAGAAGAGGAAGGAGCGGCAAGUUUACGGGGGCCGGAAACGGAACGUUCAGGCGAUGCAGUGACCGUUGCGAAGCUCUUCCUGGGUCUGGUGACAGAGUAUCUUGUAAACCCUGGGUCAGACCUCACAGAGGACGCCUUGAAAGGCGGGUUAAGAGGGAGUUCUGGGUUAGAGGGGCCAGGCACGGCGCUCAACGGCGGCACGAAAAACCGGAGAGGGGCCAAGCGGAAAGCGGAAGCCGGAACGCUGUCUUCGGAAGGGCUUGAAACGGGCAGAGGAGAUGCUGCUGAAGAGAAGGAAAGGACGGCAAAGAAGCGGAAAACGGACGGGCUUGAAGCACAGGCCGCGAAAGGCCCUGGGAACGGGACACGUGUCCUGGAAAGUGAGGAGUCGGAAGUUGUGGGGACAGCGGAGCCGAUCGGGAACGGAGUGGAGCUGUUCCGCUGCUGUUCCGCUCUGGUUCCGGUCUCGACGAAGGAACGGAGUCGGCUACUACGGAAACUGCUGCCAAAGGGUGGGUGGAGAGUCGAAGGGCCAGAAGCUCUCACUGCCCCGAGCCGAUCGAAAGAGAACGGUUCAGCAAGUUCGGGUGCGGAAGAGCACGACAGUGGGACGCAGUUUAGAAUCCGUUCAGUGCAUUGCUUGCAGCAGGCAGCAGCUGUGGCGAGGCUACUGAUUCUAAACACGGGCGAGGUAGAAGAAAGAGUAGAAAGCGGACCGAACAAAACGGAGGAAGCACCCACGUCUUCAGACGUUCAAAUCCACUCUAAACACCUGCGCAGAUACGCCCAGACCCUGAUGACGUCACUGGCCGGUCUGCACCGGUCACAAGGGGGUUCUGGAGGGGAAACCGAGCGGGUUAAAUCGCGGUUAGAGGAAGGGCUACUGGCUUUGCUGGCAGAGGCGGCGGGUAAUGUUUCAGGGUUAACGGACAAGUUUGCGGCAGCGGUCGCGAGCUUCGUGGAGUCUGUGCUGAGGUGGCGGUUUGCGGACGUGGUGAGCUUAACCGUGGCCCGGUUACUGCUGGCCGCGGUCGGAGAAAGCACGGACAAAUCGGCUUUAGAAAGUCGGUUAGCGGAAAUUGCAGAGGAUGGUGUUACCCCAAUGGAGGCGGGACAGACGACAGCGGACGACGGCGUCGCAAACGGUGUCAAAGGCGGGGGUGUCUCCGGCGACCAGUCAGUAUCUGACAGCCAAAAGGUCGCCGAGAUGGGGGCCAGGCUCUUCGACCUUCUGGUUUCGCAUUCGCAGUUCGUUCCGACUCUGCUAGCGAGCCGAGCGGAAAGGGGUUCCCUUAACCAAAACGUCAAACCCCUCCCGGAGGCGCUAGGAAAACACUCAGGGGACUUCGUGCCGAGCUCCCUAGCUUCCAUUCUUUCGUUGCUAGACACCCCUCCAUUGCCGGUGGGCUUUGAAAGGAGCACCCCGCAAAUGGCGGCGGGAAAAGCGGGCGCAAACGCGGAAGGGUUUGCCGAUGCUGAAGCGUCAGUGUCGGGAAUCAUCACGGAGCUGCUGUCACCCCUUCCGUUAGGCAGUGCCCCGAACGAAGCGGGUCGUUCGUUAGCUAGGAGUCAAAAUCCGAGUUCCGAACACGGCACGCGAUCGAGCAUCAGAACUGCAGCAGCCCCUGUCAAAAGCGAGCCACUUAACACCGCCCAAUCAGAAGUAGUCCAGCUGCUAACGGUUCUUCUAGGCCUCCGGAAAGCGCACGCAAACUCUAGCGGGGGCACCGACGCUCAACCCGUGGACGAUCUUCUAUCGCUGCUGCUGGCCGCUUAUGGGGCGACGAUGAGCGGUCUGGACCGUCGGAUCCUGCACCUGAUGCGGCAAAUCGACGGCCAGGAAGGCGCGCGGGGUCUGGUCGGGAUGGACUAUUUGUGGGGCGAGCGAGCGCUGCGAUCGCGCCAGGAGCAGAGACUGUCAGGGGUUGCGUUCGACACCGGCGCUCGGUCCCGCCAGUUUCGGGAAGAGAGCCCACUCGACCCCCGGCGGUGCGGCCUGGCGGUGCUCUACUUUCCGGUCCGCCGGAGCUUGUACCCUGCUCAGCCGGACGAGGGAACGCGGAACAAGGGUGCGGCGGUCGACCCGGAAGAAGAGCUUCGAAGCGCGGCCUACGACCCUUCGUUUCUGUUGCCCUUCGCGGUGCACGUCCUCAAGACGAGCGCCAUGGAGGCGCGCGAUUUCGCGCGGUCCGGCCUGCUGCAACUCGCGCUGGCCUCGCUCGCGGCGGCGGACGAGGGGAUGCGCCGCGCGGGAUACAACGUGCUCGCGCUCUACAUGGCCAAUCUAGAGGACCCGGCGACCAGCUUCCGGGAGAAGCAGCAGGUGCGGCUGCUGCUGCAUUACGUCAGAAACGCCAUCACGGAGCCCCUCCAGCGCAUCCCCAUGACGUCAGCGGCGUUCGCGGCGGAGGCGGCCUGCAUCCAAAUGCACCCUGAGCACGCCUUGUACGGUGCACUCAACAAGUUUCUGCUCAAGCGGCCGGCGCUGGAUCUAGAGGACAUCCCGUUGUUCUACAGCCUGUUCAACAGCGGCUCCCCGUCGUACCGCACCGAGCGCGUCUGGAUGCUGCGCCUGCUGGCGGCCGGCCUGGUGACGUCAGCCGACGGGCGCGUAUUCCGGCGGCGCUUCGUGCUGGAGCUGCUCAUGAGCUUCGCGGGGAGCGCCAUGGCGGACGCGUUCACACGCAGGCUGGUCAUGCAGGUCUUCCGUCACGCAGUCCGCAUCCACAAGUGCGCCUCCGACCUAGUUGACCACGCCGGGUUAGUCCCCUGGUUAGCGAACCUCGUGGUCUCGCCGCGCCUCGGCCCCGCUUCCCCCGACACCGCAGACACCGCAAUCAUCGCCGGAAUGGCGCUCGAGGUUUUGGAGGUUCUGCUCGCGGCCGCGAGCGACGACUGGAGCCGCGAUGCCGUGUUCGACGACUUUCGGGCGGCGAUAACGGUCGUCCACCGGAAGCUGGCGGUAACGGUCGACGACGCCGUGUCGGCGGCCAUUCUGGUGCCGUUCCUGCGGCUCGCGGCGGGCCUGGCGGCGUGGAACGCGCGCAGGAAGAGGAGCGCGGGGCCGGUCUUCUCGACCAGCGAGCUCCGGACGCUGCUUUGGUACGUCAGUGCGUCCGGAUCCUUGGGCGCCGUCCGAUGGGCUCUUCAGCUUCUGCUGCACUCUCCGAGGCCGUCGAUGCAGAUUGGAGCUCCUCCUGAUUGUUGGCACGUGGCAGACUGGGCUGUUAUGGCCGGACGUGCCCUGGACACGAGCUCGUUCACACCGACAGAGUCUUCAAGGGCGAGCUGGUGUGAAAAGGUUCUGGGUUGGCUGCCAAAGAGCUCCGAUCCGCACGGAAGUCCCAUUGGAGACCUCCAGCGAUUGACUGCAAUUCUGUCGUAGUCCGGAGUGAACUGUGGCAGCUUCUUUGGAAAGACUGGCUGUGGUCCUGGUUUCAUCCUAGGGAGCAAGGCGGCCUCGGAUCGGCUAGCCCUUAGCCAAUUUUUCAUGGGGGAGCUGCAGAACCGUCGAGCAUUGGCCAAGAAACAAGCGGGUCCUUAUAAGAACGCUAGCCAUUCGUGCCGAACUCAACGCGUCAGGUUGCCUGCUCUCAGAAUCACACGAUGACUGCAAUCUUUCGAUCUAAUUGCCC